GCCACCUCCUCUCCCACCGCCGAGACGUCUUCGCCAGUCGCAGGGGGUGCCGCCCCCACUGGCGAGACCUCCUCCCCCACUACCGAGGCCGCCGCCCCCACCGGUGAGACCUCCUCCCCCACCACCGAGGCCGCCACCCCUGCAGGCGAGACCUCAUCCCCCGUGUCCGAG